AGCCAAGUCAUUCCCCAAUCUCUCCUCCUACUACUAUUGUCAUCUCCAUCUCUCCUUCCAACACUUACUUUUAUGCGAAUUGGCUUCUAAAUGGACGCACAUCUCCAAAAGCUACUCUUCAACCUCUUCUGCUUCACUAUCCUUCUCCUCAUUAUCUCAGGAAACCAAGGUGUCCGGGGUGAUUCUGAUCACCACCACCGCCGCCUCCUUCUCAAGAACCGACAUCUCUUAAAUCUCGGACCCAACAAGCUGUUUGUGUUCGGAGACUCCUAUGCUGACACCGGCAACAACCCAAUUUCUGCGGCAAGUUCUUGGAAAUCCCCUUACGGAAUCACCUUCCCGGGCAAACCAGCCGGUCGGUUCUCUGAUGGCCGUGUCUUGACUGAUUAUCUCGCUGAGUUUGUGGGAGUGAAGUCUCCAAUCCCAUACAGAUGGAGGAAGGUGGGGUACAAGCAAGUGAAAUACGGCAUGAACUUGGCAAAUGGAGGCACUGGUGUGUUCCAGACUAUAUUUUCAGGUCCAAACAUGACUACCCAGAUCGAUUUGUUCCAACAAGUCAUUAACGUCGAAAAAGUCUACACCCAGGCCGACCUUCAGAAUUCUUUGGCACUUGUUACUCUUUCUGGCAACGACUACUCCACUUAUCUUGCAAGAAAUGGCUCUAUUCAGGGUUUGCAAGCUUUCAUUCCAGUUGUAGUGAACCAGCUUGCCGUUAACUUGGACAGUAUUCGUAAACUUGGUAUCAGAAAAAUAGCAUUGACAGGCCUGCAACCUCUAGGGUGUCUCCCUCGCAGCACAGUUUCUUCCUCGUUUCAACGCUGCAAUGACAACGAAAACGCCCUCGUCAAUCUCCACAACUCGCUCCUCCAACAAGCCGUCGCCAAAUUGAACAAUAAUCAAACCAAGGACGCACCUUUUGUAGUCCUAGAUCUCUAUACGGCAUUCAUGACUGUGUUCCAGAACAAAGGAGAUAAUCCAGGGAGUUCGAAGUUCCAGAAUCCUUUGAAGCCGUGUUGUGUAGGUAUAAGUAGUGGUUAUAGUUGUGGAAGUGUAGAUGAUAAUGGAGUGAAGAAGUACACAGUUUGCGAUGACCCUGAAUCUGCCUUCUUUUGGGACGGCUCACACCCUUCGCAGGCGGGUUGGAGUGCGGUGUAUACUGCCCUGCAAACGACGCUGGAACAAAUUUACUGAUGAUUAGGCCUUCGCAUCUCGUUUUAUUCGUGUGUUAGAGUAAUUUUUUAUUUGGUUGUAAGAUGGGCUUCUGGAUAAGGUUUGGUUAGUGUCAUUUUCUCAGUGCGGGCCAAUAAGAGUAACAUUGUUUGGUUCAGCCCUCCAAUGGCUCUUUGUUUGUUUGUUGUGUGUAUGAGCCAAUAAGAGUAACAUGCAUCACACCUUCGAGAAUUGUUCUACACGGGAUCAGAGUAUGUACCUCGCUGGCAUUUUAUUAA